AACCAAGUCAGAUGUAAUGCCGAUCUUCAAUGGAUUGGUAUUCGUGGGUCAGAGGUCUGGGACGACUCUAGUCCGGGCAGGGGUGAGCAGUGGGCACCACCGUUGCGUUACGAUUUGCUCACACAGCGGGAGCUGGGGGGUAUCUGAGUGCCUUGACGAAUCGGUUAUGGUCAAAAGCUAAUGGUGGCUGCCCGGGUACCCCUCGCGGACCAUGGCGAGAAGACUGCACGAGCAUGUGCUGCCAGUAUCUCGUCAGUCGUCUUUGGCAAGCUGCGGUGUGUGGUGUUGCCCUCCGCUUCAACGGGGUGGUUGUGCUCGAGUAGCAAGCGGGCGGACGUCUGUCACUACCCUCGGGGCCAGAUAGUCAGGAGACGGAGCCAACUGCCGCGUCCUGUAGAAAUGGACGUGUUAUUGCCGGUGUUUCAAGUUCGUGCCUUUCAGACUGUGUGGGCUGGUGUUGAGAUGGGCCUCUGGGUGGCGGCUCUGACGUCGAGGUGGUGGAAAGAAAGGCGAGACAUCGCUGCUCAUGUCUCCGUUAAUGCGAAAAGCGUCAUAGUCAACUCAUUAAGGGUUCACGUAGCCCCAUGUUGUACUAGAUUCAGCGAUUGUGCCUCUAUCGAGGCUAUGUUUCAAUCUCUUUAACUUUUAUUCAUGCCUACAUCAUCCCAGCGAAAAGCCACAAGUUGUAUUUAUGUAGGAACGACGCGGAUAGUCAAGUCCGUGCGCGACGCCAUAUGCUAGCUAUAAAAGGUCGAGAUCGUUCAGAUUUAGCUCUAGGACUGAGAUGCACAAAGAUCAUACUCGAGCAUCGAAAGACCUUCCUCGCCAUCGCCAUCGGCGGUUCCGGAUACAGAUUCACCCUUCACAACAGCUCAC